CCUCUCUCAACUGAAUGCUCGUUGGCUGAUUUGAGGAAACGUUUUACUGGUGCCAUUCCACCAUGAAGGUCCAAAUUCUCUUCAUUUGUUGCAUCACCUCCAUUCUUAUCACGAUGGUAUCGUGCAAUGAUGGAGGUUUUAACAUCCACGGUGGGUACUAUGAGGUGUACACGUACAGUUCUCAUACCGGGAAGGGGGACGAAUUAGUAUCAACCAAGUAUAAAUGGGGUGAAUCCAGCGCCAACGGUAACAACAGGAAAGUGAUUGCCGGCACUGAGGGCAUCUGCUUUCAAACGUAUGACAGAUACUGCAAAUUGAAGUUGGUUGUCUCUGCUAAGAACGUCCCAAAUGAAGAGCACUACCAAAUCAAAGGAGCCAAAAUUGACAUUAAGGAUUACGACAUGACGUACGAUACAGAUAAAGCUGGUUUUGGCAUACAGCAGGAGUAUAAUGGGGUACAGAAGAUUAUGGUUGCAGAGGGGCAGAUCUGGAGUGGAAGUCUCAAAACGUGGGGAUACGGCUACCUUAGUCUCUACGUCAACAAAACCACUCGACCGUCCACUGCAGAUGCCUUCCUUGUUGAACGGAGAGAAUCUGGUAAUAGUAAAUUCUCUGAGGAGACGAUUGAGAUUGGCCAGAGAGACCUGAAAAGCAAAGAACAAUUUAUCUCAACAUUCAGAACCUGGACCAACAAGUGGACGACGGACUCAGUGACCUGGUGGAUAAUGUACAUAGCGCUGACAAAGGUGGUAAAAAAUGACGUCAUCUACGCCGAGAAGGAGGAGCAUGUUGUUGCUAAGAACCUCAUAAGCUCAUUGACAUUGGAGAAUUCAGGUUCAAAGGUGACUUCCAAUAGCUUUGCCAAAAUAGGCUCAACAGAAAGCAUAACCUUGGAGACUUCUACUAGUAUGGAAACCACGUUUGAUUUCUCCAUUGACGUGGGAUCGAGUGUGUCACUUGAAGUUGGUUUCGUCGCUGCUUCUGUUGAAGUCAACCUACAUGCUGGGCAUUCAAGCACAGAGGCGUCUAGUUCCACAACAUCAAAGACGACUCAAACUAGCAUUCAGUGGCCCUCUGACUGCCCGUCUGGGAUGAAGAUCACCAUCUCCCUCUACAAGAACACCAAGAAACAAUCUGUCCCAAUCGAGUUCACAUUCGAACGCAACGGAGUGCAGUGGAAGGAAAGGAAAAUCUUCGAAUCGACCGCGAACGAUAUAACACAAACAAGCGAGGAUUGUUGUUUGGUGGCUACAGCAAGUGACCUAUGUGGUAAAAGUAUCAAGAUGUGCUAGAUGUGCUUAGUCUUGGUGUAAUAUGCUACCACUGAUCACAUGAAUGAAACACUCAUAUCAACACUCGAACGCUAGUUGGCAGCAGACUCACAAUGUGAAUUGCCAUUGUUUACGUAGUUCUGAACAUGCGCACCAAGAACAAUGAAUUUCACCAGGGAAUUAAAUCACACAAACUCUCAUUUUACAUCAACACAAAAUACUGCACAAAUUAAGGUGUUAAAAUUGAAACCGUGAAUGUUGUCAACCCCCCCCCCCAACCCAACCCCCCCGCAAAAAAAAAACGAAAAACAUAUAACAUUGACUCUAAUUAUAAGUAUAGUUUAUUAAACACCCUUUUAUGUUAAUUAGUCGUAUAAAACACCACAUAGUGUCAAUUUUAACGCCACAGUUAAAUAGGAUAAGUUCUCUACAGACACAGGAUAAAUAGGAUAAGUUCUCUACAGACACAGCUACCCACAGAACUUAGAAUACCAAAUUUAGCAGUAUUUUCUUGAGGGCAUAUAAAAAGAAAAGCGCCCAAUAUUUCAAACAUAAGAUAAUAACCACGCCUCACUCUGUCAAUCAUGUAGCUUCAUAUACACCGCCACUUACUUUGCACAAAAAAGCUGAACCGGUUCGACCCUUGACCUCGAUUUUCAGACUAAAUUUUUUCACUUUUUAUUUAGAUAGUAGAUCCUAAUUUUUAUAAUAUCCGUUAGUUUAACUAUGGAGGAAGGAAGAGAAGGAGCUCGAACGAAGGGACUUCAAAAGUCGAACCCGUGGUACCGCAACCGUUUA